AUGGACCACAUCCUCCUCCGCCGCCUGCUCGGCCUCCUCCUGCUGGCUCUCAUCUCCCUCGUCUGCUCCAUCGGCUUUCUCGCCACUUCCUCGCCGACCUCCGAAACCCGCCCUGUCUACAUCGCCUGGACCACCGUCUCGGGCGCUGUAGUCUACAUCGCCCUCAUGCUCUGCUUCCUCACUUGGCUCCAGUUCCGCGACAAAUGGAACGGCUCCCAGGAGGCCUUCGACCCGGUCUAUAAAUGCGAUGCGCGGUCUUCGGGCGAGAUUUCCGAGGACGAGAAGAAGGCUGCUGCUGGAGGAGGAGAUAGUAGUACGAGUACAUUCUACUGGUGCGAUGAGGAUUUCCGCGCGCAGGUUGAAGGUAAUAGCGUACCACACAUGCCCCGUCCACGUCUACAGCAUGCUAAGUUCCCAUCUCAGGCACCCUCCCACGCACCCCCGAGACAGUCCACCACCACCACCACCACUACUUCCCGCAGCGCGACGGCACUCGUCUCUCCAGCAUUCCGGAACUCCCACCUUCUUCACCAUCUGUCAGUCUGGACUCCUCCCGGGCUUACACUCUCGACCUUCGAGUGCCACCAACGCCGCCGCGAUCGCCAUCCCCUGCUUACUUCAUGGGCCUUCGCGUGCCGUCACCGUCAACACCACCGCGAUCGCCCUCCCCUAUUUCCUACACCCUCGACCUCCGCCUCCCUCCACCACCAGCAGCAGCUCAUCACAACCCCAUCGACCCCGCGCCUCCGACGAUGCGCAACAAUGCCCUCAGGGACAUCCAGAUCGCCUCCCCAGGUCUGAAACUGGGCGUGAACCCGCGAGAUCCGUACGGUCUUUCGAUUCUUCCGAGGCAGUUGUCGUUCCAGAAUACGGGAGGAGUCGGUGGUGCGGCGUUCGAGGGGAGUGUAUUUCAAGGUAUGGGGAAAGCGAAAGAGGUGGAUGACGGAGUUUCUCCGAAGAAGCAGGACGGAGUUCCGGAGAAGGAGGUGUUGAAGGAGGAGAUGAGGAAGAAGGUGCAAGCCAUGCGGGCUGCGCUGCUUGCGGGAGAUGAGGAGGAGGAGGAGGAUGGUUGA